AUGGCUGCACCGAGCGCCGUGACGAUGCACAACCUCAGUGGCAUCUGGGUGGUUAGCAAGUACCUCUCAGAUGACGCAGAGCCGUGUUACAAGCUCCAGGGAAUGCCAUGGGCUCUCCGGAAGUUCCUGUCACUCGUUACUAUUACUAACAGAGUCACACAAACGAGCGACGAAAAAGGAUGUACUCGGAUCAAAAUUUCCUCAACAAUAUCCGGUGGCUUUGAAUUCGACAUUGACCCAUAUAUACUAGAUGGCCGCGAGUCGUCUACAGCCCAAGGUUCCCAGCGCGUUCGCGCGCAUUGGAUCGAUUUUAGGUGUCCCAAGCUAGCGAGCUUCGGCGGUGGCUUGAUCGACCCUUAUUUAACCCAGGAUUGGCUUGAAGAUGCGAGCGCCACUACGUGGGACCAUGUGUACAUCUACAUACUAAAUGCGAGGGGUGGUUGGACUGCAGAGUAUGUUUGGGGCUUUGCCUUGAAGGAUGGUCAGCGACAUUUUGUUAAGAAGGUAUUGAUGAGGAAGGGCGAAUAUUCUAUCAGAAUGGCCAUUGUUCAUGACUGGAACGGGCCUCUACCACAUCCCGAUUAG